CGCCACGAAGCGCCGCCAAGACCUUUGAGGCUGUACAUCUGGAUAGCGCCGUCCAUAAACACCAGCCUCAGCCUCGUGUUGCGAUCCUUUUUUCUCGACAUUCAACUCUGGCAAAAAUGCCUCGACCUAGUAUUCUCAAACAAUCUAAAGAUUCAAGAAAUUCCUCUCCUACUGGGUCACAGCCAUUCCGCUAUGUCGAGGUCUGCCAGAGACAGUCAAGCGCCAGUCUGUGCGAAUACCAGCUACGCAAAGUGCGCGUCGAUUGCAGCUUUCUCCUAUCACGAACAAAAUGGGGAGAACUGGAUGGGAAAGACUCUGGACUGAUGUAUCUGGAUCUAACCUUCCAACAACCGAGUGACUGCAAACUGGCCAACGCAACCAUCACCAUGACAUUCCACCAACUCACUCGUUAUCGGUUCAGUGAUAUGGAAGUGACUGAAUUCUUCGGCCCCCAAAUCCUCAGUGGAGAGAAGAAGGAGCGCCAUGUCACCAACACCUUCGAGGCGACUCCCAAGAUCGGGGCUGGGAAUGCGACAGUAGAAGGAAUUGGAGGCUCACGAACAUCCGAAGCAACAUUCGCCUCGAGAUGGAAAUUUACAGGAUCGCGCUUCGUCAGUGAUCAAUCUGCAGCCAACAGGGGGAGACAGUAUCGCCAGCUCGUGUGGCAUCUCGAAGAGAACGAAUUAGAGCGACAGGCAGUGCAUAAUUCAGUUAUUCACACGGCGCUUGCGUUUCAUCACGACGAUGAGCCGUUCUAUAUUGAUCUGGAGAUCAAGGCCAAAUUACAGCGGUGGCAUCAUCGUUUCAAGCAGCAUCUGCUAUGUCCGCCGCCUGGUCGCAAGGCAUGUACGAGAGCAAAGAUUGAGCCGGUGAUGAGCAAUAAAGACCCAUUCUUGGAACAAACGGCAAAAGCAUUGAAUCAAGCUAUGACAGAGGCGAAUCUGUAUCCUGUUCCUGAGGUCUCGGACCCAAGGCCAAUGGAGCCGGUCAAAGAAGAGAUGCAGUCAACAAACAACCAAUUCCGGCCAAAUGAAGCUUUGCUAGCUCUAGCACAGCAGCUUACAGGACAAAAGACCGAAAUUACACCAUCACAACCUGACUCGAAAAGGGUCGACCAAAGUACUGAGGAUCAAAAUGAACCAUCAAUCCCGCCUCAUUCAAUUGUUCCAUCCAAUACGAAAGCAGAAGAGAAGCUAGUGAUGAAUACUGCGAUGGUGCAGGUAUCGCAAUUUCUGGCAGCCUUGGUAGCCUCGUUGAUCAUGGGGCUGAGCAAAUUACACGGUGAUCUUGCGGGAGUAGGGAACGGACCAAAGAGUAUAUGACAGUAAACAUACGAUAUCCAUAUUCUAGU